AUGAAGGAAGGAAUCCCCACCUUUGUUUGGGCUUUGUUGGAUUCAAGCGACUUUGGUGUUGUGAAUGCCGCUUUACAUACAUCUGCUAUCCAGGUUAGCCUCCAUCAAGCCUGUGUGGAUAUGAAAGAAAAGUACACCGAGGAGCUGAAAGGUAAGAAUGUUCUGUACUCGUAUCCAGAUGCACAACGUCAAAUUUUGGAACGUUUUUCUGAGAUGAUGAUGUAUAAGUACUCUCUAGUGUUUGCUUCGAAGAGCAAGGAGAUGGACGUGGGUGGCUUGAAGAAGUGGCUGAAGGUUGUGGAUUCUUCAGGGGCAGAUGAAGUUCCUUCUUCUUUAGGGGCGAAAGAUGGAGUUGGAUUAGGGUAG